UUGAACCUAUAAAAGCUCGACUGUAAGGCCCCUAAGUACUCAUUCGCCUUUCGCCAUUUCAAGUGCACUACUAGCAAAACCACAGAACUAACAACAUGGUGUCCUUCGAAGAAGCCUCUGAACUCGCCAAGAAGUUCACCAAGAAGCCCACCGAUGCCGAAUUCCUGGAGUUCUACGGUCUCUUCAAGCAGGCCACCGUUGGCGAUGUGAACAUUGAGAAGCCCGGCGUUCUGGAUCUCAAGAAGAAGGCCAUGUACGAGGCCUGGAACUCACAGAAGGGUCUGUCCAAGGAGGCUGCCAAGGAUGCUUACGUCAAGGUGUACGAGAAGUAUGCUCCCAAGUACGCCUAAACCGGUUACCGGCCAAUUCCCACUGCUGCAACUAACUAGUCGAGCAAUAAAGAUACCAGAGAUAUGAAAACAGUAA